AUGGCUCAGUUCGGCGGCUUCGGCGGUGGCUGGUCGGCCUCGGCCAUGGACGUUGCUGCUGCCGCCGCCGCCGCAGCGGCGCUGGCCAACUCGACCACCACCAACGCUGCAGCCGCCGCCGCCGCCGCGGCUGCGGCGCUGGCGAACUCGACGAACGGCAACGGCGCGGCGUACCAUGCCGACCCUGCUGCUGCUGCUGCUGCCGCUGCCAUGUACGUGUCUCUUACUCCUGGCGUGACGACUGUCCCUGCCCGUGUUCUUCCGUCCGCAGUGCAGAUCGAGGCGGCGAGGCGGUGCUAUGAGCUGGAGAAGAUGGCCGUGCGGUCGGUGAAUCUUUUGGUCACGUGCGCCGGCGCCAUCCAGGCCGGGGACUACGCUGCAGCCGCCGGGAGCCUGUCCGACGCUCGCGAGAUCUUCGUGAAGAUGCCCACCCGCACCGGGAUCGGCCGCGUCCUGACCCACUUCGCCGACGCGCUCGCCGAGCGCCUGUUCCCGGCGUUCCCGCAGUCCGUGCCGCCGCCGCUGCCGCCUCGCGCCGAGGAGCGCGAGCUCUUCCGCGGCUUCUACGAGGCGGGGCCCUUCCUCAAGUUCGCCCACUUCACGGCGAACCAGGCCAUUCUCGAGGCCUUCGAGGGGUGCAACAGCGUCCAUGUGAUCGACUUCGACCUCAAGGAAGGCGUCCAGUGGCCGUCACUCAUCCAGGCCUUGGUCGUCCGCCCCGGUGGCCCGCCGUUCCUCCGCAUCACCGGCAUUGGUCCCCACGCCGGCGGCAACCGCGACGAGCUCCGUGAUGUGGGCAUCCGCCUCGCCGAGCUCGCGAAAUCUUACAACGUCCCCUUCGCCUUCCGCGGGAUCGCGGCCGACCAGCUCGACGGGCUCCGCCCAUGGAUGUUCCAGGUCGCUCCCGGCGAGGCUGUCGCCGUCAACUCCGUCCUUCAGCUGCACCGCCUCCUGGUCGACCAGGACGCUGCCACGGCGGCGCCCAUCGAAGCCGUGCUCGAUUGGGUUGCGUCCAUGAACCCCAAGGUCUUCACGGUGGUCGAGCAGGAGGCAGAUCACAACAAGGCGUCGCUGCUCGAGAGGUUCACUAACUCUCUCUUCUACUAUGCCUCCAUGUUCGACUCACUCGAGGCUGCCAGCCGCCAUGCCGGUGGCGACGGAGUGGGCAACCAGCUCGCCGAGGCGUUCCUGCAGGGGGAGAUCGCCGACAUCGUCAGCCGCGAGGGCAGCAGCCGGGUGGAGCGCCACGAGCCGAUGCCUCGCUGGACGGAGAGGCUGCAGCGCGCGGGGCUGGCCCAGCUGCCGCUCGGGGCAACCGGGCUCUGGCAGGCGGCGAUGCAGGUCCGCGAUUUCUGCGGCGCCGGCUUCGGGGUCCAGGAGAACGGCGGCUUCCUCACGCUCACCUGGCACAACCAGAAGCUGUACUCCGCGUCGGCGUGGCGUGCGGCCGCGUGCAACAAGAAGAUGAUAGCUGGCGCCGCCGCCAUGGAGGAGAGCCAGCACAGCGACCAGAACGCCGGCGAAGGAAGCAGCGGCCAUGGUGUUUUUAGUCAAAUGAUGCACUGA